AUUAUUUUGGUGCUCUUCUUUGAUCCAUUCAGAAAUUCCUGAUUGCGAAAGGAAAACAAAAGGGGAGGGGGCCAGCCUCUUCCGGAAGGCGGCGGAGGCCGCGCGCGGAUUGGAUGGCUCUCGUUUGGGGCGCACGUGCGGCCGAGGGGAGGGGCGGACAGGGCGGGAGGCGUCAGCGGCGCGCAGCAGCACCUUUGCAAAAACAGCCGGAGCGGCGAGAGGCGGCCGAGUGACUUCGGGAAGAAAGCUCGCCGGAGACCCAGGAAGUCGCCGCCGCCGCCCCAGGAGCCGAGAAGCCCUUUAUUUUACGCGCAGCGCCAGGCGCGUCACUCCUCGCGUGGAGCCUCUUUGAGGAGGAGCUGCUGCUGCUGCUGCUGCUACUGCCGCUGAAUCCACCAGUCCGCCUGCCCUGUGGGUGUUCGCGAUGGCCGGAUGAUCGCUCGGCACCAGCCCGCCACGCCGCGCACCAUGGCCGCGAAGGAAGACCUGUACAGCAAAGUCACCCCCCGGAGGAACAGGCAGCCGCGCACGGGGACCAUCAAGCACGGCUGUUCCCUGGAUAUCCUCCUCUCCAUGGGUUUUCCCAAAGCCAGAGCGCAGAAAGCUCUGGCAUCUACAGGAGGCCGAAGCGUCCAGGCGGCUUGUGACUGGCUGUUUUCACAUGUAUGCGACCCCUUUCUCGAUGACCCCCUGCCUCGGGAGUACGUCCUCUACCUGCGUCCCACCGGCCCCUUAGCGCAGAAGCUCUCCGACUUCUGGCAGCAGUCGAAGCAGCUGUGCGGGAAGAACAAAGCUCACAAUAUCUUCCCCCAUAUCACGCUCUGCCAGUUCUUUAUGUGCGAAGACAGCAAAGUCGAGGCACUCUGUGAAGCUCUCCAUGCUACUGUGACCCGGUGGCGGUGCAAGUUCCCCAUCCCUUUGCCCCUGGAGCUCUACACCUCGUCCAACUUCAUUGGGCUCUUUGUCAAGGAGGACAGUGCCGAGAUCCUCAAGAAAUUUGCUGCAGACUUUGCAAUGGAAGCCACUUCUAAAGCCGAUGUCCACGUGGAACCCCACAAGAAGCAGCUCCACGUCACACUGGCUUACCACUUCCAAGCCAGCCACUUGCCGACGCUCGAGAAGUUAGCUCAGAGCAUAGACGUCAAGCUGGGCUGCGACUGGGUGGCCGCAAUAUUCUCCCGGGAUAUUAGAUUUGCCAAUCAUGAGACCCUCCAGGUGAUCUACCCAUACGCCCCACAGAACGAUGACGAGCUGGAGCUCGUCCCGGGGGACUUCAUCUUCAUGUCUCCUGUGGAGCAAGUCACCACCAGCGAAGGCUGGAUUUACGGCACUUCGCUGGCCACAGGAUGUUCUGGGCUGCUGCCCGAGAAUUACAUCACCAAAGCAGACGAGUGUGGCACAUGGGUGUUCCAUGGGUCAUAUUCCAUUCUGAACGCCACUUCAUCCCCCUCCCUCCUGAUGUUCACUGACGGAGUGAUGGAUCGGAGGUUGCAGGAGGACCAAGGACCAGGGGAUACUGGGCCCCUCACAAUCUUUUGCCAGAGUAUGCAGCCCUUAAGGAUCGCCAACCCACCUGGGCCACAGAAGAGGUGCCUUUUCGUUUGCCGACAUGGCGAAAGGAUGGACGUUGUGUUUGGGAAAUACUGGCUCUCACAGUGUUUUGAUGCCAAAGGAAGGUACAUGCGGACAAACCUGAAUAUGCCUCACAGCCUACCUCAACGGAGUGGUGGUUUCAGGGAUUAUGAAAAGGAUGCCCCCAUCACUGUGUUUGGCUGCACUCAAGCACGGCUUGUUGGUGAGGCCCUCCUUGAAAGUAACACAGUCAUCCACCACAUCUACUGUUCCCCGUCACUGCGCUGCGUACAGACUGCACACUAUAUUUUGAAAGGCUUGCAGCAGGAAAAUAAUCUGAAGAUUCGUGUAGAGCCGGGCUUAUUUGAGUGGACGAAAUGGGUCGCUGGGAGCUCCCUUCCUGCCUGGAUACCUCCAGUGGACUUAGCUGCAGCCAGUUUGAGUGUGGAUACAACUUAUAGACCUCAUAUACCGGUGAGCAAAUUAGGCAUUUCAGAGUCGUACGAUACAUACAUCAGCAGAAGCUACCAAGUAACAAAAGAGAUCCUAACUGAAUGCAAAGCCAAAGGGAAUAACAUUUUGAUAGUGGCCCAUGCAUCCUCCCUGGAAGCUUGUACUUGCCAACUGCAAGGACUGUCUCCUCAGAAUUCCAAGGACUUUGUGCAGAUGGUCAGAAAGAUUCCAUACUUGGGGUUCUGUUGCUGUGAAGAACUUGGAGAGACGGGUCUCUGGCAACUUACUGACCCACCCAUCCUCCCCCUCACUCAUGGACCAACUGGUGGCUUUAACUGGAGAGAAACCUUGCUACAAGAAUAAGGAAGGGCGACCAAAGAGCUGGCCUUUCCAAAGACUGGAGAAUGUCUCUCGUGUAUUGGAACUCUUCCCCCUCUCCCCCUUCUAAUUACUGAUGAUGGAGAAAAUUAUUCAUAACCUUUUAGAUGGAUUUUAAAAAAAAUAACACUCUAGCAUAUCUUCCACAGAGUGGCAUUCGUGCGUCUAGAAAAAAUAGCUCAAUAUAGACGUAUGCUUGGAUUGUGGAACAAUAUAUGUGUACUCAAACACUCUCUCGUUCUCUCUUCAGGCUUCUGUCCAGCAGAAAUGUCUUCGUGACGCAAGCUACUGAGCUUUAAUAUAUAAUUUUUUAAAAAAAAAUAAUGAAUUAAGCUCCAGGGAGGAGAACCAGUUUUCACUGCCUUCUGUAUAACAUUAGUGACAAUUAGGACUGUGUUCUAAAUUGUGGACUUCUAUGUUUGUUAGUCUUAUAAUUUUUCACAGGAUUGACCUUUGCCGUUACAUUCUGAGCCAUUUCGGGUAAAGUACACCCCACACCG